AUGCUGUUCCAUUUGCCCGCUUUGAUAUUUAUAUUGCACUGCCUGCUCCCUGCCUGGGUUUGUGGCCAACAACAAGGCGAUCGAGCUGUGAACGACUUCGAUGGCUCCAAUCGGAAUGUUGAUUUGGAUCAAUUGGAUAGCAAUGUGGAUCCCAGCAUGUCCUUGGAAGCAGCUAAAUCGAAUCAGCUGGUAAAGAAUGCGCCAAUUUAUGCGGACUAUGAUUAUUAUUGGAAUGCCAGACGUAUGCCCUGGCAGGAUAGCUACGGAGCCUUUAAUGAACUCAGUUCCCAGUCCGCGUCCACAUCAAAUCUGGAAUCAUCGAAUAAACUAUUGGACGCACUACCCUACAAAUCAUUUGCUUGGUAUGGCAGGUUUUUUGGCAAACCCAUUUCGACAAAUAGUGGUUUAAUGUACCCAUCGAGAUCAUAUGAUCCCUAUAUCCGGCGAUAUGACAGGUACGACGAGCAGUAUCACCGCGCCUAUCCCCAAUACUUUGAGGAUAUGUAUGUGAAUCGUCAACGCUUCGAUCCACACGAUAGUUACAGUCCCAGGGUACCGCAAUUUCCCGAGCCCUAUAACAUGUAUCCUGACCGAUAUCUAGACACACCGCAUCCCAGGGAGUAUGGUAAAUAUCGUCGGGGCUACCUCGAUGCAGUUGCCGAGCCGUACGGCACAAAAUAUCGCGGCUCCAACUCCAAGCUGCCACCAUCCGAUGCACCACCGAGAAAUCAACGAGUGAUCUAUUAUGCUCAUCUGCCGGAAAUAGUGCGUACCUCGUACGAUGACCGAAAGGCAACCGGUGGCGUCAUGUCACCCUUAACAUAUAAAUUAAACAAGAAAUUAAUGAAUUUAUCCAGGCCAUUGGACACAAAUUCUACAAAUUAUAAGCUCUAG